AAGGUAAUGAGUUCGAUUCCCACACCGUUCUGUGCUAAUUUUGUUCUCAGAAGUACAUGUCUUCUUUGAUUGUUGUUGUCUUCAAUAUAUUCAUUGAUAGUUUCGAAGAUCUUUGAAUUUGGGCGGACAGGAACAUCAUAAGUAGCUUUCCAGCUCAAAUUGGCUUCCGUUCUUUCCUUCUUUCUGUAACCUCUGCUUCCUCAAGAUCUUUGAUUUUGGGCGGCAGGAACAUCAUAAGUAGCUAUCCAGCUCAAAUUGGCUUCAAUUCUUUGCUGCUUUCUGUAAUCGCUGCUUCCUCAAGGAUUAGCCCCUGCGUUGAGAAUGAGGCUGGGAAUUCGUUGUUUGGCGUGCUUAUUCGCGUUAACGUUUGCGCUGCUGAUAUCGACGAACUCUAAUGGCUUCAACACUCACCGCCCCUAUUCUUUAGAGGAAUACACCAUCCGGCCUGGAUUACACCAGGAUUUCUACCGUCAUUCGUGCCCGCAGGCAGAAGGUAUUAUCAAAGCCACUAUUAAUGAGAUGUCGGCGAAUUACCCAGGCAUCGCUCCUGCCCUUAUACGACUGGCUUUCCAUGACUGUUUUGUUGAGGGAUGUGAUGCAUCUGUCUUGUUGGAUUCGGUCGAGGGGGUCUUUUUGUCUGAGAAAAACUCGAUCCCAAAUCUCAAUUCUCUUAGGGGAUACGACAUAAUUGAUGAGAUAAAGCAUAGAUUGGAAGCAGUCUGUCCUGAAACGGUUUCUUGCGCGGACAUUAUUGUGCUCAGUGCAAGACAUGCCGUGGUUAUGACGAAAGGGCCUUUCAUUCCUGUAAAAACAGGGCGUAGAGACAGCACUACUUCGUUUGCCGACCUGGCAGAGAGCAAUCUGCCCUCGCCGAACGAUGAAAUCCGCACCAUGAUCCAAACAUUCAGGGAGAAAGGGUUUACGGCAAAGGAAAUGGUGAGUCUGCUGGGGGCUCACACCGUCGGAACAGCCCACUGUCGCUUUUUCCAGGAAAGACUGACAAACUUUAACGGUACUGGUAGGGCCGACCCCACCAUUGACGAGCAUUUCCGCAGCCAUCUGAGCUCCCUCUGCAGUUGGCAGACAGAUCCAGCGGUGGCCUUGGACAAUGGCAGCGCGUCUUCAUUCGAUUCCCACUACUACAGAAAUUUGGAAGGCGGAAGAGGGCUUCUGUAUGUCGACCAGGCGUUAAUGGCGGCGCCCAUCACCCGCAGCAUAGUCGACUUGUACGCUUCCAAUCAGGAUCUCUUCUACCGCGAUUUCUCACUCGCCAUGGUCAAACUUUUCAAUCUGAAUGUGCUCACAGGAAAACAGGGGCAAAUAAGAAAAGAGUGCUCUAAACUUGUCAAUAACAGCAGGAGGUCAUAUGACGAGGCGCCUUUCAAAGAUCCAGAAGAAUCAUUUCCCUUUUAAUGCAUUUCCUCUUCUGAGUGUUGAUUCUUUCAUGUACUAUUUUGUAUAAUCUCUCUUUGACAAUGCACAAUUCUGCUUAUAAUGUAAUCAUGGUUUUUGAGUCGAUUGACUGUACACAGUUCAAUGAACCAUACAUUCUUUUCUAUGAGAUACAGAAAUACCAGCUUAUAUAUUUUUUUCUAUGAAAUACAGACAUAUCAGCUUAAAUAGAAAUUAUAUUUAAUGUGA